AUGGCCACUUCUCCGCCAGACUCGCCAUCGCCAGCGCAUAAGCUUCAGCGUCCCCUGAGCGCGAUUGCUACUCGUCCUCAACCAAGGAGCACCAGUCGGUUGAGUAUGAACAGCAAGCAAGGCGGCGAGAGCAGAGCCUCUGAUGAGGACAAUCGGACGGCUGUCCGUGUCGCCGUCAGAGUGCGACCGGCGUUGAAUCCAGAAGAUCCAGGAUAUGACCUGAUACCGCAGCGCUUCCAGCGCCCUAUGGUGCACGUCACGUCCAAUACGAGCCUGUCCAUCGAUUCCCCUCAAGGACGCAAGCUUUUCGUCUUCGAUCGCGUCUUCGGCCCGGAUGUUAUGCAAGAUGGCAUCUGGGAGUACCUGACAGACAGCAUCAACGCCUUUACUCAAGGAUACAAUGUCUCUCUCCUUGCCUACGGCCAGUCCGGUGCUGGCAAAUCAUAUACCAUGGGCACGGCAAGUGCGACAGAAAAUCCAGACGAUAUGGGUGUUAUCCCACGAGCAGCCGCUGCCCUGUUCGAAAAGCUGGAUCAAAACAACCUGGGCGACCGAAACUGGGCAUUGACGGCCACCUAUGUCGAAAUCUACAACGAGACCCUCCGAGAUCUUCUGGUUGCCGAUACCACGCCGCUAAAUGAUCGAACCUCAGUUGCAAUCCGAGAAGAUGUCAAGGGCAAUAUCAUUCUCACAGGCCUGCACCAGGUCGACAUUACCUGCGUCGACGACCUUCUCAACGCCCUCGCCUUUGGCUCCUCCAUUCGCCAGACCGAUGCUACUGCCAUCAACGCCAAAUCCUCCCGUUCCCACGCCGUCUUCUCCCUCAACCUGGUCCAGCGCAAGAACAAGUUUUCAAAUUCCGACAAGCGCCACUCCAUGCCCUUGGAAGCCAUGAGUGGCCAGGACAUAUCCGUCACCACCGAUAGCAAGCUGCACUUUGUCGAUUUGGCCGGUAGUGAAAGACUGAAGAACACGGGUGCUCAGGGCGAGCGUGCAAAGGAAGGAAUAUCCAUCAACGCCGGAUUGGCUGCCCUGGGAAAAGACUCGCUCGGUGGCAACGCAAUUACUUACAUGAUUGCUUGUGUUACGCCGCCGGAAUUUCAUCUUAGCGAGACGCUCAACACCGUUCAAUAUGCACAGCGCGCCCGUGCUAUCCAGUCCAAGCCUCGAAUCCAGCAGGUCGAAGAAGGGGAUAAGAAUGCCAUCAUUGAGCGGCUCAAGGCCGAGGUGGCCUUUUUGCGCGAACAAAUUCGCAGUGCCAACGGGCAAGGCGACCUCCCCCCACGCAGCGCCAACAGAUCUAGCGAAAGAUCAGAGAGACAAAACGAACGGGAAGCAGAGCUUCAGAACCAGCUGCUUGAUCUCCAGGAAAACUAUGGCACCCUGAACAACCGCCAUGCUCGCUUGAUUGCGGAAAUGGCCAAGGCCCGAGAAAGCGAGCACCAGCACCAUCUCCAGUUGGACGAGCUCCAGGAAGAAAACGCUACCGAUCGCUUGAACCGCUCAAACUCAUUUGCUCAGUCGGUUGAACAGGUUGUUCUCGAAUACGAGAAGACUAUCCAGACGCUCGAACAGUCCUUGUCCAAGACACGAACCACUUUGUCGAACACGGAAACAAAUCUUCUCGAGAAAGAAACCAAGUGUGCCUAUGUCGAGACUAUCAACUCCCAGUUGCAGUCUCGUAUUCAGAAGCUCAUGGACCGCGAAGCCAGCACCGAAAGCUACCUCCAUGACUUGGAGGCUAAGCUAGAUGGCCACAGCACCGGUGAGGAGAAGAACUCGGCCAUUAUUGUUGAGUUGCGUAAAGAGAUUACCCGCAUCCGUGAGAACGAGUCUGCUUCGGAAGAUUACAUUUCGACGCUCGAGGAGCGACUUGCCGAGGCGGAUCAGGAUGCUGAACUUAUGCAACGAGAGAUCGAGCGUCUUGAGCAGGUCAUUGAAAGACAGCGGAGUCUAGGCAAGCUGGACGCUUUGCUUCACGAGCUCGACCAUGUUGACGAGUCUAAAUUGCGUGACUCAGACGAUAGCACGAAGGCGGAGUCCGCAGACGGUCAUGACCGCCAACUGGCCCAAGACAAAGAUCAAGAGAAUGAAAUCGAAGAAGCAACAUCAAAGCUCGCCCCUGUUGUGGAAAACGACGAGGACGCUGUUAUUGCCGCUACAAACCAGGCCUUUGCACAGUCCAAAUUCGUGGCAGACAAGCUGGAGUUGGUCACCCGAGAGCUCUUUGACCUUCGGACUGAGCACGAGACUACCGUUCAUGACUAUGGUAGACUGCAUGCCAAGUACGAAGAGGCGAUGCGAAAGAUGUCAGAGCUCCAGGAUACUAUUGACGAAGCUCGCUACCCUGAUCGACUCCGCCAUUCCAUCAUUUCCGUCGACGCCGCCACCGAGACUCGCCCCGAGUCAUUCCAGUCUGUUCAGACAAGCUACGCCAAGGAUGAUAUCCGAUCUUCGGCCCACCGAUCGCUCUCCUCUGAGCUUUCGUCAGUCAUGGACUCGCCCAUUACGGCUGAUACCACACACCUUGAUCUGGAAUCUGAAGACGACACGGCUACGGCUAAGCCCGCAGCGUCAGUUGAAGAUCUGACCAGAGAGCUCGCACAACAUGUCGAGCUGCAUGAACAGCAUGGACAGGACGAGCUGGAGGAGCAGACCGAACAUGUCGAGCAGCACGAACAGCUCGAGUCGAAAGAGCAGCCCGAGUAUGUCGAGAAGACCGAGGACGUCGCCGAACAUGAACACGUACAGCCAGUUGAGCUGAAGGAGCCAAUUGAGCUGAAAGCGCAGGUCGAGCACAAGGAGUUGGCUGAGCCUGUGGAGCUCGUCGAGUCUAAGGAGGUGGUCGAACCCAAGGAGCACGUUGAGCAUGUUGAGCAGGUUCAGGCUCAGGAGGCUCAGCAGUUUGAAUUCUUUGUUCAGCAUGACGAUGCCGAAAUCCAGGUGCCUGCCGAGCAAUACGAGCAAGCCGACCGGACCGAACAAAAUGAACAGCUUGCCAUGGAGCUUGAGAGACUCAGAGUCUUGGCCGAGGAAAAAGAAAAUGCCGAAAGGGAAUUGGCCGUGAAAUACGCCCAGCUGGAACUCAAGCACAACGAGACUCUGGAUAUGGUCGAGGAGCUCAAGACCGAAGUUACCAAAGCCCGAACUGUCGACAACGGCCCCCGCGUAAUCCGCCGAAAGUCGAGCCAGAAUCUUCUUGGCGUGGAUCGUGCUCAGCGAUCAUUCGUCUACUUGAGAAAUCUUGCAGCUGAAAACUUUGAAGGAAGGCCAGAGACAAUGCAGUCAUUUGAGCUGAACCUCAACUCAGCCAUGCACGAGCUUCAAUCUCGCAGUGAACGAAUCCAAGAGUUGGAAUCCGACGUUGCUGCGGCCAAGAAGGAGAUGGAGAGCAAAAUGGCCAUCAUCUCGGGCCUGGCGCGUGAGCGCUCUAGCUUGAAAGCCUCGCCUGUUGACAUGUCGAUGGUCGCUACCCUCCGAGGCCAACUUGAGCAGAGCGAGAGGCAACUCUAUGAUCUUCGUGAGGCCCAUGCUGUGCGUGAGCGAGAGUUGACGAGCGAAGUCGAGGUCCUCCGCAAGUCUGUCGCAUCUACUCCUACCCGAGAGUUCAUGCCGAGUGACGAGGAAGAGGCUGACGUUCCAUACAAUGAAAGAGUGUCUACGCUGCAGGCAGAGCUGGCUGGCUGGGAGAACAAGCAUCACGCUGCUCUGGUAUCUAUGAGAAGCACCGAGAAGGAGAUGCAAGCGACCAUCCAACAGCUGGAGGCCCAGGUCGAUGCUGCCAACGCCCAGCUGGCCGAAUCUCAAUCCCGAGCCGCCGCCGAAAAGGAUGCCGAUGCUGAAGAGGCCAAGAAAGAAGUUGUCAAGCAACAAGAGCUCAUUGAGUUCCUACGCCAAGAAAUCGACGAGUACAAGGCUGUUAUCAGCAGCAACAACGCCAAGGUGGCAGAGCUUGAGUCUCUCCAUCUCUCCGCUCGAGCGGCAAUGGACGACAUGUCCAAGAUUCACAGCUCAGUUACAGCUGAGACAACCGCCCGCCACCAGGAACUUUCCGCCAAGCUUGAGGAGCUGAUUGCUAGCCACGAAGAUGCCACAAAGGCGCACCAGGAAGAGAUGGACGCGCUCAAGCAGAGCCACGCCCGAGAACUUGCUGAACUGAAGGACCACGAACAGACUAGCUAUGAGAAGCAGGUAGAGGUGCUUAUGACUGAACACUCAGAAGCCAUUUUCAGGCUGGAAACAGACCUUGCUCAGUCAAGGGACGAACUGACAAGAGUUGCGACUCAAAUCGCCGCUGUCUUUGGUGCAGAGAUGCCACUGGAGAAGUUGGGCGAGCGUAUUGAGGCUCUCGUUGCCAACCAAAAUGCCGUCGAAGCAGAGCGCAAGAAGAUGGGAGAGCUUACAUCUCAUGUCACGGAACUAUCAAACAUCAAUGAAUCUCUCGUCCGGGAUCUUGAGGGAGUGAAGACGGCGAUUGCAGGCCUGCUUCCUGGCGGCACAGAGGCCAAGGCUGGUCCUCUGGUAGAUCAGCUUGCCGCAGUCAAGGCCAAGGUGGAAGACCUCGAUGGCCGCAACAAGAAGAACUCUCGUCUCAUCGAAGAGCUCGAAGAACAGCUGCAACACAACUUUGAUGAGGUGCAGGUGACCAAUAACCGCCUGAGCUCGCUGCAGUCUGAGCGUAACGCCCAGCUUGACGAGGCGUUGUCCUCUCGAAUCAAGCUACAAACCGAGCUUGAAACAGUCCGCGAGGAAUAUGCUGCCCUCCAAAUCAAGUACAACGAAAUGGCCAAUGGAGAUGUCAAGCGAUCCAACUCCAACUCGACAAUCCGCAAGAGCUCCUCACACAACUCUCUACCAUCGCCACCUCCUUCCGUCCCUCUGCCACCUCUGCCCAACGGUGCGCCCAGCUCUCCUACUUCGACACGCCCCCCAAGCAAGGACAACUUCAACAUUUCUCAAGUCACCGAGGAUCAAGAAGCCCGCAUUCGUGCUAUUGAGAAGCACCUCAGCGCCGAGCGCCAACUUACUCAGACUCUAGAAGAGGCUCUAGGCGACCUGGAGAAGCAAUCUAAGAAGGUCAAGGCAGACUGCGAUGCUUGGAAGAAGCGUGCUCAGGAGCUCGAGGCCGAGGUAAAGGAGCUGAAGGAGAAGUCGUCCGACCAGUCACAGGACAACCGAUACAGCAUGCAAGCGGUAGAGGAGGAGCGAAAGAAGAGACAGGCGGCAGAGGCAGCCCGAAAGCAGCUGGAGGAGAGAAUGCAGGCCAUCAGCAAGAACAAGAAGAAGAAGGGCAGCCUGAACUGCUUCUAA